AUGAAUUAUGACAUCGUAAACUGGGACCCAAUAGUAGUACAUCUUCUUUUGCAAAAACUGGACAAGGAAAGCAGGGAAAAGUUUGAGUUCGCGUUAAAGGAUCCGAGAAGCAGUCCCACCAUUCAAGAAUUUCUGACGUUUGUUGAGUCAAGAUUCCAGACUCUCGAAGCCAUCAACUCCCGAGACGACAAAAAGAAGUUCCAGAGCCUAGAAGUCACCGCUAUUUGCAACAAUGGACGGAAGUCAACUGCGGCCAUACCCCCUAAGAUUGAUCAGGAUAAGACACUGAUUUGCCAUUUUUGCAAUUCAAGUUUGGAACGAGGAAAAGCUGUUCACAGGCUGAUGUUAUGCAGAAACUGUUUGAAAAAAGGCCAUCAUUCCCAAUCAUGCACAUCACGAAAAUGUCAGAAGUGCAACAUGCCCCACAACACGCUACUUCACUUGCAGAAGCAGCAGCAAAACUCACCAAGUACGUUGGGUGAAAAAGAUAGUUUGCAGCCCACACAUCAAGCUGUUAAUGCAGCAGCAGGAACACACUUCAAUAAACGUCAUGUGUUCUUGGCAACGGCAGUGGUCAAUGUGAUCUCAGCACACGGUACAAGAAUCCCAUGCAGAUCUCUUCUUGAUUCAGGAUCACAGCUGAAUUUUGUAACAACAUCCUUCUUACAGCAGUUAGGAAUCAAGAAGUAUCCCAAGGAUACGUCAAUCUGCAGAAUAGGUGGCCAAGAAUGCAGAUUUGAUUUUGUGGCCCCAAUUACAUUUGAAUCUAGGAUGUCGACCUAUCGAGCAAUAGUAGAAGCGAACAUCAUGACUCGGAUAAGUGACUAUCAGUCUAGUCAAGAAAUCGAUGUCUCAAUGUGGAAAAUUGCAUCCUUCAUCAAGCUGGCUGAUCCAUCUUUCUGCAAGUCCAAGCAAAUUGACAUGUUAUUGGGAGCCGAACUAUUCUUUGAUCUGUUUCUACAAGGAGAAUACAAAAUUUCAAACGACCUACCAAUCUUACGAAACACAGUGCUAGGUUGGAUAGUAGGCGAAAGUGCUCCAGCUUCAAAUUCGCAUGCUCAUUGUCACAUAGUAACAAAGCCAUCGUUGACAUCGUUGGAUAAACUCGUUCGUUCUUUCUGGGAAAUAGAAAGCCAUGACAUUCCCACUAACACUCAGAGCGAGGAAGAACAACAGUGCGAAGAACAUUUCAAGAAAAACACAGUUCUGAAUUCUGAAGGUAAAUUUGUGGUUAAAUUACCAUUUAAAGAGGAUCCUACCACAGGUUUAGGUGACUCCCUUCAAGCAGCAAGAAAAAGGUUUCUUUCUUUAGAAAACAAGUUGAGCAAGGAUGAAGAGCUUAAAACAUCUUACAUCAACUUCAUGGAGGAAUAUAAAGCAUUGGGUCACAUGACGCCAAUUAACAAGGACAAUAUUCCACAAAGGCACUACGUCAUACCUCAUCAUUGCGUCAUGAAACCCGAAAGUUCGUCAACGAAACUUCGAGUAGUUUUUGAUGCAUCAGCCAAGACGACUUCUGGUCACGCAUUAAAUGAUAUACUCAUGGUGGGCCCAACCGUUCAACCAGAUCUAUUUUCAAUAGUUUUAAAAUUCAGAAUGCACAGAUAUGUCUUUACAGCAGACAUAACAAAGAUGUAUCGCCAGGUUUUGAUGCACGAGGAUGAUCGAGCAUUUCAACUUAUAUUCUGGAGAUCAAGAGCUGAUGAACCAUUACAGCUGUACAAAUUAAACACCGUCAAUUAUGGGACCGCAUCGGCUUCUUACCUAGCAACCAGAUGUCUCGUUAAAUUAGCAGAAGAUAAUCAAGAUUCAUUUUUUAGAGCAUCACAAGCCGUUAAAAACAAUGUAUACGUGGAUGAUUGCUUGGCUGGUUCAGAGACCAUUGAUGAUGCUCAUAAUUUGCUUAAUGAAAUCAUUUGUCUACUCAAAGCAGGACAUUUUGAAUUGAAAAAAAUUUGUUCCAAUCAUCCAAUGAUUUUAAAGGGAAUUCCUGAAGAAGAUAAAGAGAAACUAGUGACAUUUCAUCAAUCUGAGAUAAUCAAAACAUUAGGACUAAUAUGGGAUCCUUCACAAGAUGUCUUUGAUUUCAGCUACAAUGACGAAAAGGUAAACAAAAUAUCUACACAAAUAACAAAACGAACAGUUUUGGCCGAUCUUGCAAGACUUUUUGAUCCUCUUGGGCUACUUGGACCUAUAAUUGUCAUUGGCAAGCUAUUCUUACAAGAAUUGUGGAAAUCAAAAUUGUCUUGGGACGACAAUCUUUCAAAUGAAAAGGCUCAAAAGUGGAUUAAAUACAUUGGGCAAUUCUCACUAAUGAGCAAUAUAAGCAUUCCACGAUACGUUCUUCUUCCUCCUGCCAAGACAAUUGAACUUCAUGCUUUCUCCGAUAGCAGUUUAAGUGCCUUUGGAUCGUGUGUUUACUUACAAUCAAUCGAUAAAAGAAAUCAAACCUUUUGCCAACUGCUUUGCUCAAAAUCAAGAGUUGUUCCACUGAAAAUUGUCAGCAUAGCCCGUCUGGAACUACAAGCAGCAGUACUUAUGGUGGAAUUGGUGGAGAGAAUAAUUCAGAUACUUCCAAGGAAAAUUGACAAAGUAUGUUUUUAUACAAAUUCUACAACCGUGCUGGCCUGGCUUAAAUCACCCUCUUACACUUGGGAAACUUUUGUAGCAAUAGAGAAAAUUCAAUCACUCUCAGAGUUUCAUCAAUGGCAAAUCAUCAAGGGUCAUUUAAAUCCAGCGGACUUAGUAUCGAGAGGAUCAAAUUUAUCAGGACUAUUCAAAUCAUCAAUAUGGUUCAAUGGUCCAGAGUUUCUUCGAAAUCCAGAAAUCAUUCAAUUCAAAGAAUAUGAAUAUCCUGAAGUGAUUCCAGAACGACGUAGGAAAAAAUCGGUGUUGUCGGCAACAGUUCAAAACGAUUCAAGCUUGAUUGAAAAUAUCAAUUACAGGAGUUAA